AAAAUGGAAAAGCUUAAGAUAGGUAUUUUCAGUAAUACUGAGGGAAUUAGUUAGGCAGCCUUGCGACUGUUGCAGGCACAGCCCUAGGCUUCUAUUAUUUACAAUUCAUCUAGGAUUGACUCACUGUUAUCAAAGUAAAGUGUCUGAGGAAGAAAAACUUAGCUGUGCUACCAGUCUGUUGCCAGCACAAAUCUUGUACAGCUUUUUGGAUUGCUGUUUCCUGCUUGUCUAAGUUUACAUUUGCACCAAAAUAAUGGAAAUAAGAUUUGAUUUUACUUGUUUUUAGUCACCAGUGUAUCACUGUUGGACUAAACAGUUAAUUUGAAACAAAUAGACCUCAAAAAGUAGAACCAGCUUUUUUAUGUUUUAUGUUUUCUGAUUCAAGGUUGUUAACUCCAAAUUUGAAUUGGCAUAAACAGUGCUGUUUAUACCAAUAUCAUGUAUGCAUACAAAACUGUUGCCUUCACCAAGGGUCUGUUCUAAAUCAAUCCAGUACAAUUCAUUAAAGAGGAGUUAAUAUACUGUGAUUAGUGUUUGAUGAAAGUCUGCAAAAUUAGGGAAUUUAUUAUGUUAGCCCUGUCAACAGCAAUUAGAAUAGCAUUGCAGUUCUGGAAGUCUUCAGAAUCGCUUUGUUUUACUUUGUUGCAGGACAAAGCAAUAGUAAUUCUGAUACAUGUGCAGAAUUCAGAGUUAAAUAUGUUGGUGCCAUUGAAAAAUUGAAAUACAAUGAGAGCAAAAGUCUUGAAGGGCCACUGGACUUGAUAAAUUACAUAGAUGUUGCACAGAUGGAAAGUUACCUUUUGUUCCAGGUGAAGAGGAGUUUAUUAUGGGAGUUUCCAAAUAUGGCAUUAAAGUUUCCACAUCUGAUCAGUAUGAUGUGUUACAUAGGCAUGCUCUCUAUUUGAUUGUAAGGAUGGUGUGCUAUGAUGAUGGUCUGGGAGCAGGAAAAAGUUUGCUGGCUUUGAAGACAACAGAUGCAGCCUCUGAAGAAUGCAGCCUCUGGGUAUAUCAGUGCAAUAGUCUGGAACAAGCACAAGCCAUUUGCAAAGUGUUGUCUACAGCCUUUGACUCAGUUUUAAUGUCAGAGAAGUCCUGAUUUCCUUUGGCAGCAGCGUUGGUGCGGGAGGCACCGGGCUCCUCGUGGCACCAGGGACAGCUCAGAGCCACACACUGUCCUAGGAGAGACUUACUGUGCAAAGGAGAGCCUCACAACCUUGCACAUGGUACUUGGCAUUCCCCAAACUUGACUUGAAGAGUCCAUCUUCAGUGUCCAGGACAUUACAGAAUUUUAUAUUUAACACAAUUUCUCUUUUUCCUAAAUCAUGUUUUGUAUUUAAUGUCAAUAUUGCAGGAAUGUAAAAUAAAACUGACACUUGCUUCUACCUCGUUGUCUGAGAAAUAAUUUGUUAAUACAGACUUUGAUUCUGCUUAACCCAGGUACUAGAAGAAAACAAAAGCAAAGUGGUAAGAUGGAAUUAUUUGGUGCUUUACCCCUCUAAUUUUAUCUCAGGUGUGCCAUCUACAGUUUUUCUGUUCAACUAAAGUUCAUAAGAAAUACAUUUUUUCCUCAAGUGAUACUUGUUUUUGUUUGUCAUUUUUAUACAUUAAAAAGAACAAUAUUGCAUAAGCAGUACUAGGGAACAGAAGAGAAGCAGAAAAAGUGAUUUUAAAAGUAGUUUUAUUUUUCCAGACAUUUGACUGGUUAACAAGAGUAAAAUUUAUUAAUCAUGCUCUAAUUAUAAAUCACUGCAUCCAGGACAUUGAAAAUAAGAGUUGAUUUUAGGUUAUACAAUAUAUACAGUUGCUCUGCAACUAAACAAAAUAAAAACAACUGAAUUGAAUAUUAUACAUCUCAUAGCAUUCUAAGCUGCAUUUUAAGUGUCACUUGCUCCUUUUUAAACAGUUAACACAGCAACCUAAUAGUCUGUCUAUUAACAGAUUUUUUGAAUCAGAUCUGAAAAGUUGUAUGAAAUAUGCCAAAAUUUUGGACUUAAAAUUCUUAAUUUUAUAUUAUAAAUAGAUAUCUACAGGCUCUAGAAUUUCAUUUUUCUCUGCCAAAGGAGAAAACCUUUCAAGAAACUCAGAAAAUCAAGGGAUAAAUUUUGCUUAGCUGCUCUUUAUUGGUCCUUGGGAUUUUACCUGUCUGCACUGUUAGUGCUAUUAAAUUGUAGUCUACAAGUUUCCUGGUUUUUAAAUGACUGAUGAACAAAGUUGUGACAUUUUACUCUAUUCCUCUUCUAGCAGAACUCAAGGGAAAUUUGUAUCAUUUUUUAAUGUUACGAAUUGUUACAUACACUAUAAGAUUCUGUGUUAAAAAUACUGUACAUUAGGAGAUUUGUGCAAAAUAAUAUGCCCAUUUACUCUCUAGACUCUAUCAGGGAUAGAAACAUACAAAAUAGUGUUGCAAACUGAACGUAUCAGUAAGUGAAUAAAACUGUAGUGCUAAACUAUUACUCUAUCAUUUUACUGGGAACUUUGAAAAUACAGACUAAUUUGCUUCAACUUGCAAUAAAAAUAUCUUGAAACAUUCCAGUUUGUUCCCCAUUUAUACUGCAGCAACAGCAUCUAGGAAGUGAAAGUUACACGUCUAUGUGGCUGUACCCACACGCCUGAGAGGCAUCAACCAACGGUACCAUUCAGGAAGGGUGAUACAGGGUGAGAUCAGUGUUGCUCUUCCAGCAUUUUCGCAACAUGCU